UCCUAUUAUUUCAAGCGAUUUGUUUACACAUGUAAAUUUAAUUAAUGAAAAGAAAUUUAGUUAAUUACCUUGAUUGUGAUCACUUUUUAGUCUCCAUUUUUUUCAAUUUUCUAAUCUCAAUCAGUACUGGACACAUUUGAUUAACCGGUUUUAACUUUUGGAAACGAGUGGCGAUUUUCAUCCGUUCAAACCUGUGGCUGUUUAUGUUUGUUUAUUUUUGUUUUCUUCCGAUUGACUUGAUUGAAUUUCAUGCGAAUUGAUUUACCAUAAUUACUGUUGUAAAAUUUUGAACUAUUCAAAUGGAUUUGAGUUCCCUUAUUACAGAAUCAACUAAUGCUGAUGGAUCUCUUAAUUAUGGUAUCGUUAAACAAAAGUUAUCUGUGAUUAAUGAGAGUCUUUCCAAAAAUGAGACAAGCUUGGAAAAUUUUAUUCUUGGCCUUGGAACAGCAUUAACAUCAGCUAAAUUAGAUGAAAGAACCAAAGGAAUUAAAAUUCUUGCAGCAUUUAUUGAAUUGCUUACCCCUGAAAGUCUUGGUGAAAUUGAAACUGAAUAUUUAACUGAAUACUUGGUAACACGGUUAAGUGAUCAUCAUUCAUUCAUUCCGAUAAUAAUCAAAGCUUUGCUUCAUUUGUCACGAUUUUUUUCAAUCUCUGAUAAACAAGCAAUUGACAUAUUUCUUACAAUUAACCGUGAGGUUGCUAAUCAACAAUUACCAAUCCAAGAAAGAUUUCUAAUCUACCAGUUAAUUGGAAGUUUAUUUCCAUCUCAUUUGGAAGCCUACAAAUCGAUAAACAAUGAUUUUCUCUAUGGAUUCAUACAGAUCAUGGAGGGCGAACGGGAUCCUCGAUGUCUUUUAUUAUGUUUCGAUCUAUUUACCCAAAUAGUUGGUUCUCUUACCCCAGGACAUUUAGCUGAAGAAUUGUUUGACAUUGUCAGCUGCUAUUUUCCAAUUGUUUACCAUCCAACUCGAGACAAAGGAAUACAAAUUACUCGAGAUGAUCUUCAUGAAGCCCUAAAGAAAUGUUUCAUGAUCAGUCCAUCAUUUGCUCCAUUUGCUUACCUUUUAUUCACCGAGAAACUUGAAUCGGAAGUCGAAAGUGCCAAACUAGAUGCUUAUGAUAUGAUAAUCAGUUGUGCUCCAAUUUAUGGAGAUAAAGCAAUUUCAUCUUUCCUCCAAACCAUUUGGACAUCGAUUCGUCUUGAUGUUUUACGAAUUAAUUUUGGUAAAUUAUCGGAAAUGGCUACACAAACAAUGAUCGCCAUUUUGUUGACAAUUAAAAGUUCACCUGAAAUGUUGGAUAAAUUUCUCAAAGAAGUUUUCGAUGAUAUGGAAGGAACUCUAACCAAACUUUCUCUUGGACUAUUUAAAGUCUCAUGUCAAUUUCUCGCCUCAAUCAGUGCCUGUUCUGAUUAUUUUAUGGAGAAAAUUGGUAAACACGUUUUCCCGAUUUUCAUGAAAAACGUUAUAUUUGAUCAGACCGAUAAAGCUAAGGAAUAUCUAGAAGGAUUUACCUGUUUUUUUCGAUGUUGGAAAAAGGUUACUACGAAUAACCUUUUCUCACGAAUUCCUGAUCAAGAAAUACUUCUUACCCAAUUACUUUCUCUAUUUGAUACCGAUGAAAAUCAUAUAAAAAUCUCAGCGAUUGAAUGUUUAUCCAAUUUUGUUCAAUGUUCAUUCGUAUGGGAUUAUCAUGAAGAACAGUCUCUUGCCAAUGGUCUUUUAUUCAUAAUGCUCAGUGAUUCUUCAUCUUCAGAUGAUAGAUUGAGGAUUAAAGUCAGAGAUUUACUGGUCGAGUUUAGUUUAAAACACCCGGAGGUGUGUCAAAGUGAGAUAACCCGAAAGUUAUUUGAUAAAUUGCCUGAUUCAGCUGAUUUAACCAAUGAAAAUUUGGAGCGGUUAUUGAAAGUUUCCGGAGCAUUGAAAUGUUGUCUUCAUGGAGCUCAAUCUGAUGAGAAUUAUCAAAAAUUAGCCAAUCUUGGUGUUCAAUUAUUUUUUCAAGCAACAAUUAAUUCAGAUUUGUUAACAAAGGUUAAAAAAACCAUCACUGAUUGUAUUUGUCAAACAAUCAACUCGUCCAGUCUUGAUAUUUUUUCCCAGGCCAUUCUUAGUCCACUUUUAAAGGCUGAUUCGAAGUCGCCAAAAAUUGAAAUUGAUGAUAAUUUGAAACAAAUUGUCAGUAAAAUUUUAAUUCUGACUUCAUGUUCAUACAAAAUUUGCAUUUUUGAAAAUUUUCUCAACUCAUUGCGGACUAUGCAACCAAGUCAAUCAUCUUUAGCAUCCUCAUCACCAACUUUAUCACCUCCGCCACUCAUUAAAUUGAUUAAAGUGGUUGAAUGUAUUUUGUGCAAUUUAUCAAUUGAUUUUCAAUUCUCUUGGACUGAUCUCAUACAAAGUAUAUUGAUGCACAUACAUUCAACUAAUUACGAUGAACUUUUAGAAUCAACAACAAUCAUCAUUGAAGUCAUAUUAAACAAAUCACCUGAUCAAGGAUUGCUGAAUAUAACCAAUUUUUUAAACACCAAAUUAAGCCAAUUAUCAACUAAUCCUGUUACACUAAUACCGUCAAUACAAAUAAUGAUUGCUUGUAAUCGUGGUCUAGUCAUACGAGGAGGACAAUAUUCAAAUUUUUUCACCAACCAAUUGUUAAAUCUGAUGCAAACCCAUGACAAUGAAUCAAUCGUUUCAAUGAUUGCCAAAAAUUUUGUGCCUUGUCACACUAAUCAUAACUAUUAUCAACAAUCCAACGGAUUUAAUAUAUCACCGUUUUACCAGCAGAAAUAUUUCCAUGAAACAUCACCAAUUUUACUUAAAGGAUAUAAUGAUUUAACCGAAUGGAGGAAACGUUGUUUUGCCCUUUGUCUUCUCAAUCAUUUGAAAAAUCUUCCCAAAACUGUAAUUCGUGAUGAGAUUAGUAAAUUUCAAUCGUUAACACUUUUCAAUCUAGAGGAAACUAAUGCACCAGACAAUCAGAUAACUGCUCUUGAUUGUUUAAUCCAGUUGAUUGAGACUCAUUCAGUGACUCUAAUUCGUAACAUCUCUGGAAUUAUAAAUCGUCUUCUAUCUUUAACCAAAACAUCACCUCACCUGGAAAUAAGACGUAAAUCACUUGAUUGUCUUACCACAAUUGCUAAAACAGUUAAUGAAAUAAAUUUACUUCCUUAUCGUCCAACGGUUCUUUACGAUCUUAAAAGUGUCCUGGAUGAUCGUAAACGGAUAGUUCGUUAUGCUUGUACAGUUGCCAAACAUCAUUGGACAUUAAUUGGUCAACCAAUUUAAUCCGAAGCAUCUAAACUCGAUAUCUAAAUAAUAUACCUUAAAUCGCAGUCAAUUAAUCAACUUUUAAGGAAACGAUUUUCAAGAGAAAUAGAUUUGCAUGAAAUAUUAUAUUUUACUGUAAUUUCUCAAUUUUUCUGUUAGCAUUUUAAUCACUCCAAAUAAGAUUAGCUAAUACAAUUAAUGAUAAAUCGUUUUUUUUUCAAUUGCUGCUAAAUCCCAACCCUUUUUUCAUGUAUUUCCCACUCUGACCUGACCUCUCUCAAAAUUUCACCUUGUCAAUCUAUCACAAACAACAAUUAACUACAACCUUGAGAUGAUUAUCAAAAAAAUCAUGGAGCUGAAAUAACCAAAAAAAUCAACAGAAUCAAAUAUAAAUCACCCGAUUGAACCCAAAGGAUUCCCAUGGAUUAUUUUCAGGAUAACAAACAAUCGAGAUUAAAUUAACACACUAUUCACAUGCAAAAGGAUCAAAGAUUAUCAACUAAUCACAAUCAAAGACACAUCCAAAAAAAGGAAAGCAAAUUGAUAUGAAAAAAAAACAGCGGAAAAAAAGUGAAGAAAAAAAAAUUCAUGUAAACGAUUCACUACGAAAAUGUAGGUUUCAAGAUUGGCGUUUUUUCAUCUGCAUAAAGAGUUUGGUGUUUAAAUGUAUUAAAUUCUGUAUCCAAUCUGUUAAAUCCUCACAA